AUGUCAUCGGAGGAAGCCAUUCAGGAAGUGCGACGCAUUUUCACCAACAAUAGCGUGGAUCAGGCCCGCGACUACCUGAGCCGUAUAACACCAGGCAUUCAAGAAAGUGAUGAGAGACUCAAACAACUUGUCGGCCAAAGCUACCGGGGCCUCGUUGCCGCUUGUGACCAGGUGGUCGUCGUAGAACAGGCAUGCAGGAAGUUGCUGCGUCUGCAAAAGCAAAUGCAGGAGGAGAAAAAACAGCAACAGUUGGAGAAUCAAUAUUCACAGUCGCGUCUGACAAUGCCGCAGAGCCCAAGGGGGGUCUCGUCACCCGUUUUGCGGACCAUAUCCCCCCAUGGAGGUAAAAGUCCGCGCGCGAAGAAUGUGGGAGAAGGGAAAACUCAAACGAGUCGACAUAUGGGACACUCAAGCAGUGCUUCGCCACCGGUUUCCGAGGUGGUGAGGUCCCCGUUGCCUCAUGAGGCAACCGCGACUUUGAAGGGUGUGUGUGAAGAAACGCCAAGAGGGGGGCGUGAGGGGGCAGAUGAUAGACAACGAGACGUGUUAAUUUACACUCAGCAGUGCGCGGCUCUGGAGGGAUUGUUGGGUGCCCGUAAGCUUUAUGACGCCGCUGCGCUGCUCUUGCAGAUAAGAAGGGAACGGAAACAGCCUCAUGAAAAGCUGGCUGUUGAGUCCUAUGAACAUCGUCUCAAACGUGCAGUGCGUGGGCUGCUUCGGGAAGAUGCAGAACAGGCCGCACAAAGCGCUUUGAGUGUGGCUAACGCCAAUCGAAAUGAUAGCGGUGGUGGGGACUUAUCCUUGACAUCGUCCACAAACAUGUUUACAUCAUCAGGUGGUGUUGAAUUCAUGGGUAGGGCAACAGGUUGGAAAAGUGAUUUAUCACGAGCACUGGCUCACAUGACGGAGGUCCACAAAGCCUUAGGAGUGCUUUCGCACGCAACAGUGAAUGACGCACUGUUACUCCUUAUCGAUACGAUUCACGAUAUGAUUAAGACUGACCUUGACCACGUCGUGGCUGCACUGAAGGGAACGUCAUUUACGCAGGCAGCGGCUGUAGACACUAACACUGACGAUGGAAGAAGUUUACGCCCACUUCGCAGAAUGGAGUGGCUGCGGGCAGCCCUGGAGCUUCCGCCUUACUUAAGAAGCGAGGGAACAAGUGCCCCAAGGGUCCCCGCUUUGGCGAAGGAUGCAAACAGCAGCACUGAAGCAAGGGUCAACGCACGGUUGGUCGUAAGCGAAGCUACCGUGGCACUGCACAUCGUACAGCGCGCACAACACCUCUUCUCCCAUCUUGUCCUAUACGUUGCUUCUGUGCUGUACUCACCGAGUGGUCCAGCGAGGGAAGGAAGGGGAACGAACGGUUCCCGUGGUGGAGAGCAACCUGACGAGGUUUCUGCGGGGGAGUUGGACGCCUACGUGGAUUCUCAGCGGCGGCGAUACGCACUGCAGGGGCUUCUUGCGCUUCGUUCAAAGCUUACUUCCCAGGAGUCAAACACAGAGGGAGAUAACGAGACCUCCGGAACAGGACGCGCUAAGUCUGUUAGGAUGAGUGGGAGUCUCGCGCGGGAAGCGCUUUCAGCGUCGCAACGCGGCGGGUCAAUUGCCUCGGCAACAGAUGAUAGUGAGAAAAAGGAUGGGGAUUCCAAAUGUGGGUCACUGGAUGCCUCUUCUUCCAUGGUGGGAUUGAACCAAGACGGUGAGCGACGGUCUCGACACCGAACACUAUAUCUCUGCGAAGUGAUGCGGCAGGUUUGCGGGAUGCAGAUCUUGGAUCCUCUUCCAUUGCAGUGGGGAUUCUCUUCCUUCUCUUCAAAUGAAAAGAUUGCGAAGUGCAGCGGGGUUAGCGGUGAUGAGACAGCGGUUUUUAGCAAGGUGGGACACCAACUGCGAGCUGUACAGGAGCUGGCGCUCCAGUUGCUGUUGCAUGUGUCUGGUGCCGGGCUGCUAAACGACCCGCGCACGAUUUCACUUCAACAGCACCUUGCUCGCCAGCAGGGGAAAAUGCUUCAGGAUAUGUUGCUCUCAUCUGCGCAGGAGGGAAGUAACUUAACUGUUUCUGGGGGUGCUGCUGUUAACUUGUUUGACGCACGCAAGUGGGGGGAAGCGGUUCGUCAGGCGACGGAGUCUGCACUCCUGAAGACUGUUGGAGCGGCAUUGAAGAGGGCAGAUAGAGUUUGCGGCGCUAUACUGAAGCAUAUAAGUGAGGGGAAAGGAUAUAAAAGCACCGUUGUCGCCUCCGCCGAAGAGCAGCCACCCCAACAGCAGAAACAAGAGGGACCGCCCAGCGUGACAACAUUUGCCCAGAAAGUCCUUCAGCGGUCCAUCUUCUUCAGCGAAAGUACAUCCUUUGGGCUGCUUCACACCGACCAAAUGACGUGCAUGGUCCCGUGCUCCUCUUUUGGGGGUGGCGAUGAAAAUAAACGAAAUGUGGCUUCAGCGGAGAAGGGCGAGAAUUUGAAUGCCGCGUUGGCUCGGGGUAUUAUGCAGUGCACUGCAAUAAAAUCGAAAACAACCCCAAAGGAGGGAAGAUUGCCGGCCAAUCUUAGCUCUAAGGCGGGCUGUCGGGCAUCCGGUGGGAACGUAAAUAAAGACAAGGGUGGAUGGGUGAUGCAAACCGUGGAGACAGAUGCAGGAAGUGAUGAUAAUUUGUUCUCCGUUGAUGAAGGAGAGGAGGAAAGGACAGUGGCUAUGGAGAAAGCAAGUGACAAAUCAGAAAAGGGCGUCACCGAUGCUGUCGAUGAUGAUUCCUCGGCUGCUCUGAAGUUCGGCUCGCUGUAUUCCAUGUUGCAACGUAUCUUUGAGGUGGAGCGAACCUGGUCUGACUCGCACCCCACACUCUCUGUUCUCGUAGGGGAGUGGUUUACAAAUAUCCUGCAACAGGUGCGUAAGCUGUUAAAGCACCACACGGGGCAACUUCAGAAGUGGGAGGAGCUGAAUGUGGAAGGCAACUGCUUUGAGGCGAAGGUGACGGUGAUGGCAGCACUCAACCGCAUUUCCAUGCUGGUGGAGGUGCUGUUGCAGGUGCUGGAAGUUGCAGCCCCACGAAAUGUAGCGAGCACACUCCCCAUGGAACUACGUGAGGCCAUUGUAACAUGUCAUACGCCGUGGGUGAAAUUGUUACGCAGCGAGUGGGAGGAUGGUGUGCGUCAUGCCUACCGCCGCGCUUUCGCGCCCGAGCAUCUCUUCGCGAGAUCAAAGACGCCGCUGAACUCCUCUGCUACAACCCUCGAUCCCAACAAGAGGACAUCUUGUAUCAACGGACAACAGCUCAUGCUCGAGUACGCAACUUGCUGGAGCUGCAGCACACCUGAUGGGGUACAAUGUGAGUCACAGAAAGUUACUAAGCACCCGACACAUGUCACCCCGCAUGUGAAUGAACUUAUUUUCCAGGUACAGCAUAUGUUGUUCAAGAAUGGUGUCAACAAGCGUCUACGUGCCACGGUGCUGCCGAUGGUCAUAAAUGAGUUACUUGACGGAACCUCGUCAGCACUGCUUAACGCGGUUCUUCCGUGGAUAAGAGAGAUAGCGGCGGUAAAUAGAAGCGGAAAUGCCGGUAAGAGUGGCGAUAGUGCUGGUGAUAACGACGAACUGCUGUUUCAAGUUUAUUUUGAUUCAUUAUACAUUUCAGGUUUAUUCUCCAUCGACGGCAACAGUCGGGCACCGACGCCGUCCAUUACCGCCGUUCUCCGCACAAUUGAAGGUUGGGUAAACCCCACUUCUUGGUUAGUCAUUUCACCGCUACUUCUGCAAGCAAGCGACCGCUUGCUUCGCGUGACGGCUCUCUCUUUUGGCUCAUGGAACCCCAAAGCUCUGGAGGAAGUUUGGACUGCAAAGGGAACUGGUGACAGCCGGACAUCCCUGAAAGGGGAGCGGACUGUUGCCGGCGACAUUAGCAUCACAAAAGAGAAGCCCCGUUUUCCUCUACUGCCGUUGAUAUUCACACCGUCGAAGGUAUUGGGAUCAGAUAUCGUGGAUGGUGGUGUAACCAAGACGGCCGUGUUUGCUUUUAACAAAAGUAGUAGCGUCGCUGUGGGCGUGAGAGGCGAUAGUGGUAUUAUUGGUGGGUUGAGCGCGACAUCCCUUCAAAGGGGCACUGGAGCACUGGUUGGUAGUGCACUUGGGAGUCCCUCCAAGCCGACAUCGUCGAACCGUUUCGAUGGCAAAGUGAAGGGGUGGAUGGGCUCAUUGUGGUAG